AUGAGGCUGCAGCCCACACAUGUUUCCACUCAAGCCAGCCCUCAUGUGCCCUCCAGCACACCUGCUGCCCACGUAAGCCCUUGCCCCUGGUCUACUCUGGCUUUUGGGCCCUCUUUGGCACCCCUUCCCUGGUUUUUUCAGGACUUUGCCCUAGUGGCUAUGAGUAGGUUUCUGUCCUUCUGGGGAUGGGAGCAAGAUGGAGGGGAGAUAAGAAAAGGCUCAGUGAAUGUUGGGAAAGGCAGUCUCCUGCAGCUGUCCACCCCCCUACCCGCACUGGGUCUUGUGCUUGGAAUGCUGUGCUGGGCUUACGGCCUUGUGAGGGACUCUCUCCAUUCCAGGCUUUAUGUACUUUCCUUUGUUCUGCUUAAUCCCUGA